GAAGCAGAACAAAACAAAAACAGAGCAAAUAAGCAAACCCCUCUCCCCAUCAAACCUUGUUUUUCACUCUUUCAUCCCUUCUUCUCCACCCAAAUCACACCCAUCUCUUCUUUCUUUCUUUUUUUCUCUUUCUCGGUGGUUUUGGAGACGGACCCAUCAAUGGAAAGUUGCUCGAAACCCCAAGAAAGAGAGAACCCAUCUCCCAUCAACUCCCCGACCAGCAAUGUCACCAACAGCGUCUGCAGCAGCAACAGCAAUGGCCUCCAAAAUCCACAUAAACCCAUCCCCAGAUCUGCUGACUCCAACCCCUACCCGACAACCUUUGUCCAAGCGGACACCUCCACCUUCAAACACGUUGUCCAAAUGCUCACCGGCUCAUCGGAGACCGCCAAGCAAUCGUCAAAACCCAACCAAGAUCCGCCGCCCAAGAACCAUAGCAUACCGCCGAUGAGGACUGCACCGAAGAGGCAGCAAGGGGGUUUCAAGCUGUACGAGCGGAGGAACAACCUCAAGAACAGCCUCAUGAUCAACACCUUGAUUCCUAACUUCGCUCACAAUAAUCCCGGAUUCUCCCCCCGCAAGGCGCCGGAGAUCCUCUCGCCGAGCCUGCUCGACUUCCCUUCUCUCGCUCUUAGCCCUGUCACCCCAUUGAACGGAGAAGACCCUUUUGACAAAUCCUCCUCGCCCUCGCUGGGGAGCUCCUCGGAGGAAGACAAAGCCAUCGCCGAGAAAAAGUUUUACUUCCAUCCUUCCCCAAGAACCACCACCCCGAGAGACUCCGAGCCGCAGCUUUUGCCUUUGUUUCCGGUGACGUCGCCGAGAGUUUCAGGCUCUUCUUCCUGAAUGAGAGAUCUUGUAUGAAACCACUAUCAUCUUGCUUCUUUUUAAUUGUACAAUUUAAUCUCCCUGUCCCUUCCAUAGAAUGUUAAAGGUCUUUGUUUCA